AUGGUUUUUUAUAUAUACCAUUUUCACAAAAAAAGAAGAAACAUAGACGAGCUAACACCGUCUCCGCUUCCACCAGGGCUUUUCAUUUUGUAUUCUCCUCUUACUCGCCGCGCAGCUGAAUCUCCGAAGACCUCAUCCGCCAUGGGGAGAGGACCUGCAAGAUGUUACCGUCAGAUCAAGAACAAGCCUUAUCCUAAGUCCAGGUAUUGUCGUGGUGUCCCUGAUCCUAAGAUCAGGAUCUAUGAUGUGGGAAUGAAGAAGAAAGGAGUGGAUGAGUUCCCUCUCUGUGUCCAUUUGGUCAGUUGGGAAAAAGAAAAUGUCUCAAGUGAGGCACUUGAAGCUGCUCGUAUUGCUUGCAACAAGUACAUGACCAAGUUCGCUGGAAAGGAUGCCUUCCACUUGAGGGUCAGGGUUCAUCCAUUCCAUGUCCUGCGUAUCAACAAGAUGUUGUCAUGUGCUGGGGCUGAUAGGCUCCAAACUGGUAUGCGGGGUGCCUUUGGUAAGCCGCAGGGAACAUGUGCUCGUGUUGCCAUUGGUCAGGUACUGCUCUCAGUGCGUUGCAAGGAUUCCAACAGUCCUCAUGCUCAGGAAGCUUUGCAUCGUGCCAAAUUCAAGUUCCCAGGUCGCCAAAAGAUUAUUGUUAGCAGGAAGUGGGGCUUUACCAAGUUCAGCAGAACUGAUUAUGCCAAGUGGAAACAAGAAACAGGAUUGUUCCUGAUGGUGUCAAUGCCAAGCUUCUUGGCUGCCAUGGACCAUUGGCUAACCGUCAACCUGGCAGAGCCUAUUAUAAGAAACACGAAGAAGGGAAAACCGUGUGCUGUUUUCUUUUUUCCCUUUUCUGACUCAUCUUUGUGUUGGCCUGGAAGUGCAGCUGAAAAGAAGAUAUGUGUGGAUGAAGGUGAACAAAAUGGUACUUUGAAUGGUGCACAAAUUGACAGCAAUUCUGACUCAGCUGCAUACUCUCAUCCAGGAACACCAGGUGCUCAAGAACUGUAUCGCCACACGUUACUUUUCAUUCGGACUCUAGUAGAGGAGGAUCAAAAAGAGUUACUACAGAAGUAUUUGCAUAAGCGUGAAGAAGGGACCACGUCUUUGGGUUUUAUUUUCAACAGUGAAGGGAUUAUGGUAGCUGUUGAUCAUUCAAGCAUAUCAUCAAGUUCUUUUCCAGAGAAUGUUGGUUUACUGACUUCCCACAUGCUUGCCGUUAUCUCUGGAGGAAACGAAGUUUUGCGAAAUAUUUAUCUGGGUUAUCUGAAAGACAUGUGCCGUGAUCUUGAAAAGAAGGGGAAUAAAGCUUCUGCAGCUGUAGCAUCGAAGUGGCUGGCUGGCUUUUUGUCUCGUCAUCCUUUCAGUGAUGACAGGUUCUCACUAGGAAUACUGAUCGCUGGGUGGGACAACGAAUCGGGACCCGGCCUGUAUAAAGUGGAUGCCAAGGGGAAAGAGCUUAAAGAGUCGAUGCUUGGAACUGGAUCUGGUUCAGAUGCUCGUUCUAUAUUUCUUAUCAGGUCCCUUGACAAGAUGUCCGUGGCUGAAGCUGCACAGUUUGCCAAAAGUGCACUGUGUACUGGUGUAAGAAUCGCGCCUGAAAGUCGCGAAUGUGUUAGUGUUUUCCAUGUUGGAAGUGCUGGAGUUACACCGGUGGUGUCCAACCAUGAUAUAGCAGAAGCGCAAAAGCAGCUCCGCAGGGCGCAAAACAGAGCUCCGAUGUGA